GUCAUGCUGAACAACGAGUAUCCAACCAAAAACGAAGCCCGAAACGCCUGUAAGGCAUAUGCAAAAGAACAAGGGUUUGCGCUUUCUACUGUUAGAAGCAAUGCACUUGUGGUUACAAUGGGAUGUGUGCACCAUGGCCACCCACGUAAUCGAGAGGAAAAGGCAAAGCGACGAGAAAAAAAAGAUGAGCUAUUUGUUGAGAGCACAUCUAUGCAAACAGGCCAUCCUACUGAAGAUUCAGUAUCACUUUUACCAAAAGAUAUUAUGCCAAAGCGAACACGCAACAAGGAUUCGAUGCGAAUGAAUUGUCCAUAUUUCAUCAAGAUCAGACUGCGAAAUGCUGUAUGGGUGGUGACUGAGAUAUACGGUGGCGAUCCCAACAAGGAUGGCUGUCCACUUCACAACCAUCCGUAUGCCGAUGAUAUUUACUAUUAUUCUCAGCACAGACGUCUAACUGAGGUUUCACGUACACUCGCACUGAAUAUGAUGGAAACUGGCGCAACAAACAAUACAAUCCGCGAUUUCUUGCGGGAACGGGGCGAGGGUGCCACGAACAAAGAUAUCGCAAAUCUUCGUCAGCUUGCGUUCAACAACAACCCAGCACGAACAAUUAUGCGUUUGAUUAAUCAACUGCAGUGCAAGGAGGAACAAUCUUAGUAAAAGAGGAAACCAAAAAAAAAGAUAUAUAUAUAUAUUCAACAACACCAGUACACUCACAAGCACCAUCAACAUCCCCCCUCUUUCUUUCUUCACAAAAUCACAAAUGCCUCUCCUCCCCUCCUUCCACUUCCUGCCUUCUUAUAUAUAUAUAUUAUAUUAUAUUAUUUUAUUUUAUUACUAUUCUACUCUAUCCUAUUCUAUCCUAUUCUAUUCUUUCUUCUGCCAAUUGCACAAACUUCCUUGAAAGCUGAGUCAAAUCG